CCGCUUCCAAGCGCGCGCGGGGCGGCGCGGCGGGACGGCGGCGGCUGCGCGGCGCCCGCGCGCCCGGCUGCGCGGCGGCGCGCCCGCCCCCGCCCCACCUUCCUGGGCCGGCGGGGAAAAGCCGCGGCAGCGGCGCCGCCGCGCGCACUCGGGCUCCGCUGCGGACGGCGCCGCGAGGGGCGGGGGACGCGACCAUGGCCGGGGCGGCGGCGCCGCCCUGCCGCGGCCACUCGGGGUAGCGCGGGAGCCGCAGCCGCCCCCUUGGCGGCAGAGGCGGCGGCUGGUUAAGAGAUGCUAUCAUUGACUGUUUUGAAGUAUUGGAAGAAACCAUAUGAUGAUAUGGUUGCCCUCCCUUCUUCUCUUCCACGCGCCCUGGACCCCAACGUUCAUUACAGUCAUUGCUCCUGAAGACCUGGAACAGGGCAUAUCGAUGAGACUGCUCUGCAAUGACUCCAGCAAGAUACAGGCCUACCUGGGACUUGGUACUUGACCCAUUAGUGUCCUGCAAGCUCUGCCUUGGCGAAUAUCCUGUGGAGCAGAUGACAACAAUAGCACAAUGCCAAUGCAUCUUCUGUACCCUGUGCCUAAAACAAUAUGUGGAGCUUUUGAUCAAAGAAGGUCUAGAAACAGCAAUUAGUUGCCCUGAUGCUGCCUGCCCAAAGCGAGGUCAUCUACAAGAAAAUGAGAUUGAGUGCAUGGUUGCAUCAGAAAUCAUGCAAAGAUACAAGAAGCUACAAUUUGAAAGAGAAGUGCUUUUGGAUCCAUGUCGGACUUGGUGUCCCUCCUCUACUUGCCAGGCAGUUUGCCAGCUCCAGGAAUCAAGCCCUCAGAACCCCCAGCUGGUCCAGUGCAAAGCCUGUGAGAUAGAGUUCUGCUCCGCUUGCAAAUCUAACUGGCACCCAGGUCAAGGCUGUCAAGAGAAUAUGCCAAUCUCCUUUCUUCCAGGAGAAACAAGUUCAGUUUUUAAAAUGGAAGAUGAUGAUGCUCCAAUCAAGCGCUGUCCAAAGUGCAAAGUUUACAUUGAGCGAGAUGAAGGCUGUGCCCAAAUGAUGUGUAAGAACUGCAAACAUGCCUUUUGCUGGUACUGUCUGGAAUCCCUUGAUGAUGAUUUUCUCCUUAUACAUUAUGACAAAGGACCUUGUCGAAACAAGUUGGGACACUCCAGGGCAUCUGUCAUCUGGCACAGAACACAGGUGGUAGGAAUUUUUGCAGGAUUUGGUCUUCUCCUUUUGGUGGCCUCCCCUUUCCUUCUACUUGCUACGCCAUUUGUUCUGUGCUGCAAGUGCAAAUGUAGUAAAGGUGAUGACGACCCUCUGCCUACCUAGACUGAGAGAAGAUUGGACUCAUCACAACAUACGUUUUGAUUUUAUUGUUGCUGUUGUUGUUUUCCUCUUGCACUUACAUUGCUGUAGCCUUACUUGGCCCGUUCUGCUUUUUGUUGACACACAGUCUUGGUUCCAAGAACUGUUGUUAAUACUGCUGCAUAGAUCAAUUGAUACUAGACAAGGAGGGUAAUGGAAGGCAAGUUUCAUGCUUAAGGAAGACCAUGGACCAAGGUAGCUAUCUGAAAUGAAGAGGUGAUUCUGCAAAAAAUAAUGCAAAAGGUUUCUGUUGCCCUUAUUGGUGGACUGGGAACUGUGCUAAAUGACAUCGGCAAAACAAAAAUACAUACAAAUCUAAACUUUUUGCAUAUCCGUUUGCUUCAAAAUUUGGUGUCUUAUUCCUCUAUGUAUUUAAGCUGCCUAUCAUUUAAAUUGGAUAGUAAACUCAGAGGGAAUUUAACAUAUUUAUUACACUUCUGUUUUUUGUUAAUAUUGACAUCGCAGCAUCCUUUUUAGUGCAUAUUUUUCUGAGAAUAGCAAAAUCAAUAAGGUGCAUAUAGGCCAUCCUAUGCCUUUCUUGAAAAUUGGGGAGGGAUAGGGGGACAAAAUUGUUCCCUAUUGCCUUCUGGGAAUUUUAGGAAGUCUUAUGAGAAAUUUGUUUGAUUGAAAACUACAUUUCUGAAAUGAAUUUAUGAAGCUGUAAGGUUGAGUGGUGACACAAACCUGCUAUCUAAUCAAGGUUCUUUUAAAAAUGCAUUGAUGGUAUUGAUUACCACUGAACCACUAGUAUUUUUCAGAAUUGUUAUUUUUUGCUGUCGUUUAGGGUUCUGCUACACUUACAGGGCUAUAUAACUUCUAAUCCAGGUAUCUUAAUCUUUUUAUAUAGAGAGAGAUAUAUAUAUAUAAUCCUAUUUAAACCAAAUGUGUAAAUAGCUGUGCUAUUGAAAUAUUUUGGAAGUUCAGGAUAGCUUGCUUCUGUCUUAAGGGCAGUUAUUAAAAAAAACAGGACUAAUUUUACUAUUCAGCAGACUUUGGGUUAUCAAUGAAUCUUUCCUUUUAAGUGUAAAAAUUCUAAGUAUCAGAAUGAUCCCUGUAGUUAGUAAUAAAAAUGCCUGGGAUAUUUGUGGAAGUUGUAUUUAACAUUUAAACUACUUAGCCCAUUUUCAGAGUUAAUAUUGUAUGGUGUAUGCUGUUAAUAACAAUGCUGUGACAAAACAAGUUUUUAUUUGACAGCGAAUCAGUGACCUGGUUUGGUAGUUUUUCAGAAUUCACAGUGCUGUGUGUUUCCAGGGUAGUAAAAUAUGCUAGUCGGCAAACUGUUAGUCAGUAGUUUUUAUUUAGUAACAUUUUGUGGAAAAUGAUCUUAGCUGUUUUUAAAGCCUGUAAGAAUUUAACUAACAACUUUUCAUCAUGGAAUAUGAUGCACCUGAAUCGCUGUGUAUGUUUGUGUGUAAUCCUGGAGGAAAACAUUCUUUUGAAUGGCGUGUGGACUGAAGUUUGACUGCAUUUAUUUCAUUAUCACUUAUGUCUAUGCAUUAUCGAUAUACUAAGGUGGGUGAAUAUAUUGAAUCCAGGGUGACUUUGCACUGAAAAUGUAUCAGGACCUUUAAACGCAACUGUUUAUGGCUGCUCUCACAGGCUGGGAGUACAUUUUCAUAGCUCAGUCAUAAGGAAUUGACUCCUUUUUUUCCAUUAACUUUUGUUUUAUACUGCCUAUUAAAUAAAAUGAUUAGAGGGUACAAUUUUGAAAAGGCCACUGUCCUUUUGUAAAACUAGUCUUGAACUCUUUCUUCCCAUUUUUCCAAGUUUUAAAGGUAUCCAAAUUCAAAGUGUAUCUAAAUCCAAAUUUUACUUCCAGGAGUUGCACGUUUGCUUGCCUAGCUGGAUUUUAAUGAGUUCAGCCAUUAUAACAUGAAGGAAAAGGAUAUCUGUUUACCAGCAAGUCUGAAUUCCUUAUGAUAGCUUCACCUUUUUUAUGGCAUUGCACACUUCAGAUCUUUGCUUUAAUAUCUAUUUUUGUUUUCAUAGUUCUUGUUAGCCAAUAUUUUACAUCAUCUUUGAUAUUAAAAAUGGCUUAGUUAUUCAAAAAUAUUCCUAGGGGAAAGCUGGGUAACACAUCCAGUCACCUUGUUUGCCAGCUCCCAAGUAGUAUGUGAAGCACUGCUGGAUUCAGUGGGCAGUGAAGUGGUUAUCUCGCUCCAGUUCUGGCAGCAAAUAAGUCCAUAUCACCAGAGAUACUGAAGGAGAACACUGUUCAAGCUUGGCUUGUCUUGAGUCAUUGCUUCAAUGUGCAGAAAUAAUGGAAACCCUUCUGUGAAUGACAGCCUCCUGCAGGUAAGCUUCUAAGACUGAGUGGGAAAGCUUGAACCAUGGUCUUUGAUCUCUGGCCUUGUAACUCAAUUUAACUAGUGAAAAAAAAAAUGGACAAAAGGAUGUAAAGAUUUCCUGGGCUGUAAAUUUUCCAAUUGCGAGCGCUAAGAGAUUUUCCUCUGAGUGGCACUGUUUCUAGUGACCAGUUCUACUAGAGUGUCAGAAGGCAGCAGAGGUGCGGUGGCCUAUUAACAGUAUCUGGGUUGUCAUGGUACACGGUUUAUUUUCUACUGUGCCUUCCUUAGAGACAGUCUUUAUGUGGCAAUGUAGCGAAUCUUGCUUUCCAUGGUAGAGAACUACUGUCCCCUGGGUGGCUAGCUAAUCAAUGUCAAAAUUAAGGGAUGUCCAGAUUCAAAAAAGAAAAAAAGGGAAGUGAAAAAAAUCCUUUUCAAAUAUAAAUAUUUUAAAAUGGUAGUUUAUAACUGAUGCUCAAAGGUAACAUUAUAUAUGAGCAGAAAACUUUGUACUUUUGUCAGCAUAUCUUUCUCUGAUCUCAACAUACUUGAAUUGCUACUGGAGAUCUCUGUGUCAUGUCACUUGGUACACAUUCUGGCUCUUGGGAUAGACCAUAUGCCUAGAUACAUUUACCAAAUACCUAAUCCUUUCAGGUAUGCUAAAUGUCAUUUCUUCUGCAUUGUUUUGGGGGAAUUUUUGUUUUUCUUUUUUUUUUCUUUUUAAUGCUGUUUUUUUUUUCCUGAGUAGUGUAUUUUCGGUAGUGAUGUACUGAGGUUGGGGCUUUUUUGUGUUACAGUUUAUGUUGAUAGUGUGACAUCUAAUACCCUGAAAUCAGAUUGUAAAUAUAUUAUUUUAGAUUUUGACAUUUAAGCCCUGUGUCAUGGAAAAGUGAAUGUUUAUGUCUCUGCUGCUUUUCAGAUGACUCUGUUGUAACAGCUUUGUCUUUUUAAAUUUUCGUCUAAAAAUGAGAUUCACUGCAUGAUUUUUGCUGCAUUCUUACAGCUGUGCUAUGAUUUAGUUUGUUUGCAUUGCCUUAAAUUCUGUUUUAAUGGUUUUUUUUAGCAGUACAUGGUUUGCAUGAUCUGUUGGGAUGAAGUAGUGUCUUGUCUAGUGAGCACAGGAGUGAGUGAGGCAGGACUCGUAAGGCUUUGCUUCUCCCUGGACUUGCCAUUAGUUGUGCUUGAGUCAGUUCUGAGCAAGAUCAGUAGCAAAACCCGCUCUGGCUUCAGUGACAGCAGCAUUGGGUCUUCCCAUGUGACCUUGGACAAGUCAUUUUUCUUCUUUUAUCGCAAUUUACCCAUCUUUUAAAUGGAUGGAACAAUGCUCAGCUACCUCACAGGAGUGUUGUGAGGAUGAUUUCAUUGGUUUUGGGGCUCUUCAAGAUUCUCUGAUGAAAGAUUAUGUAUAAAUGCCUACUGUGGUUUAUGUUAAUAUUUAAAUUUUAUUCAAGUUGGCAUUCAUCCUUAAACCUCCUACUACUGACUGCAGCAUACCAAGAGUUUGGGAUUCUUUCCCCCACAUACCAAGCAGCAUGAUCUUUCCUCAAAUACUCUGACUUAUAAAUUAGGUGAGGUCCCAAAUGAGAGCUGAAUGGCUCAACUCUCAGCAUGCAGUUAUGCCCUGACAUGCAGGAAACACAGUCAAAAUUAGUGAAAAGCUCUCUUGCGUAUGGAGCUGACAGGAUAAAUAUUCGUAGAUCAGAAAAAGAUGAUAUGCUUUCGAUUUAAAAAUGUUAUGGACAAGAAAACAAAAAUGAAGUUUCAUCUGUAGUCCUUUGACUGUGAAAUAAUAAAUAUGUUUAAAAAUAACUAUGUUUAAUAUAAGUGGUGUUCAACCCAAUAAGGUGCAGCAUGCAUAAAGCUUUGUGCAGGUUUGCUUUCUAAAACCAAAGUUUGUGCGUUUCAUAUAUAUAAUCUGGCAUCCUGAGGAAAAUGGAUAGAAUAUGGAGGUUAUUGCUGACAGCGAUAUUAAAGACAUCAAAAAAGCCUGCAUCAGCGCUUAAUUGCUAAUGCACUUAUACUAAGUAAAGCAUGCUGUUUGUGUUUAGAGCCCUGUGGUCCUCAUUAUUGCUUUGAUUUGUGUAUCUCUCUUAUAAGAAUUCCAGGAACAUUAGGUACCGGUACAUGGUACAUAACUGAACCUUUCUUGAUCAUUUUAUCAUGGGAAUAUUUUAAGCUUGUAUAGGGAUAAGCAUGAAGGAGUCAUGCAUAUGUAUAAAUAAUGUAUUUGAGCAGUGUAAAAAUAGUUCUGUUGAUGUAUUUGAAAUGUAAGUACAUUUUGUGCCACUAACACUGUGAUGUAUAAAAGAGCUGUUGAAUGCCUUUUAAUGUUGUGUUUUGUACUUUGAAUCAUAUUGGAGAGUUUAAUUUGUAAUUUCAAUAGAUAUUUUAAAUGAA